AUGAAUUUCCACACUGAAUCUGGGGUUCAACUCCUUCACAUCGAGGCAUCGCUGGGACACCUGCAGAUGAGGUUGGUAAAGGAGUCCAAGCUUCGCCGGUACCAGCAAAAGCGAUCUAAGACAAUGCAAGUGAAGCUUUUCAAGAUCUCGCAGCAGUACCAGGUUGGGGAGCUGACGACGUCCGAGCUUCUUUCUACCUGCAAGCACCAGAACGGUCCUGCACUUCGCAGGUUGGCAGUUUUAAAUCUGGGUAAUAACUGCUUGGAGGAAUUGCCCGAGUCUCUUGCCACACUCCAUGCCCUAGAGAAACUCCAUCUCUUUGGCAACCAGAUUAAAACAAUCGAUGCCAAGAUUAUUGGUGAUCUCAGGAAUUUGACUUUUCUAAAUUUGAACAACAAUCAAAUUAAGACCAUUCCCUCAGCAAUUAACAGGUUAGUGAACCUCCAGUAUCUGAGCUUGGAUGGGAACCAGUUAACCAGUCUCCCGGCCGAGAUGUGCGCUCUCAGCAAGCUGACCGAACUCCAUGCUGCCGGGAACCAGCUCUCCGCUCUUCCACUGGAGAUUGGAUUCCUAGUAAAGCUGAGCCGACUGCACGUGCAGAAGAACAAGAUCAAGGAGCUACCCGAAGGCUUAGGGAAGUUGAUUCACUUGGAGAUCAUCGAUGCCGCUGCUAACGAGAUCAGGAUUUUCCCAACUGAAAUACACAAGCUCCCUCUGAAGGAGUUGUACUGUGAGGAAAAUCCGCUACUGGAUGCCCUGCCUGUUCACUCCAUACAGGAAGAGGAGAUUCUCACAUUAAAGGAAAUCACUGCACGAUACGUCAUGAAGCAGUUGAAGGACAGACGUAAGAUGGUCAAAUAUGGAGACAAGGUAUUCUAUGAGGAAAAUCCGGCGUGGUCAUACAUGCGGAGGGCCAUACGUCACUACCCCAACAUCCGGGACAUGCUGGCGCAGGCCAGCAAGUGCGCCCUCUGUGGGGCAUCAUUCCUCAACACUUGGCUGGAGUGUGUGCGGUUUGUGGAUGGACACAGAGACCUUAAGCUGAGUAAUUCCCCAGGUCGAGUUCCCAUCCGUGCCUUGCUCUGCUCCUACAAAUGCUUCAACACACCAGGCCACGAGUUUUACGGCAUUGCAUUCCCUUGAUGACAUUCCCUGUAACCCCCGACAGGAGCUUUGUAUAGCCGAUGACAACUAUCCGCCCCAACCCAUUUUCAGCAGGGUCAACGGGGCUCCAUUUUGGAGCACAUCAAAGAAUGUUGUUUCCAAUACUCGCUGGUUGUUUUUGUUGGAUUAUUUGGGUGGGGGUUCACUGCUGUUCAGGUGACACAAAUACCAUGGGUGUUGUUUAUUGUCAGGCUUUUAAGGUCUUUAUGUUCAACUAGAAUUUGUUGUCAAUUUUCAGUUGAUAAAAUUUGUUUUUUUAACCUGUGACGAGUAAACCACCCUGCUCUCGCUCAUCUGAGCUGUGAUCCUGCCAUAAAUUGUUGAAUCAAGUACCACCAGCUCUAGAAUCAUAUAUCUUGCUGGAAUUGCGGCAAAAUAGUUGCAUUUUACUUCUAAGGUCUUUACAUUCCAAGAACGGACUUCAACAUGAAACGCAAACGCAACUAAGUUCACCUUUGCUGUUGCCUUUAUUUAAUGUUUGGUUCAACGCACUGUACUUAUCAGAUUUCAUUUACACUGAACUUUCAGAUGUUAAAAUAAAAAAAAUCUACAGAUACAUGUACCAGCAUUGCCUGUUCACGUAGGUUUUAAGAGCUGCAGCGUGUGUAUUCAUGGCAGCCAGAAAUUUCUUGAACUCUCACCUCCUUGUGCAAUGUUUAACACACUACAGAGCUUGGCAACUGCACCCAUCAUCUCUGACAGCGUGGACACAUACAAGUGAGAGGGUCAGAAGAGUUAAAGUUUUAUGUAGAAAUGAAAGGUUUGAGCUCCAGAUAAAAUCUGACGUGACUCUUUAAUAAGCGCCUUUUUAAAAAAAACAGGAGUUAUGAAAAUUGUAUGCAUUCUAUUUAAUGAGUUCCGUCCUUUGAAAACCCAAAUGUGGAUAAUUUUGUACAUGUUGAUACAAUUUAUAUAAAAUGUGUUUGUACCUGAAAACAUUUUUUUCUAGUGAUCAAUAAAUUUGCUGAAACUA